AUGUUGUUGAUGUUCAUAGCCGCAAGUUUCUGUCAUCAGUUGGUAUCAUCUUCCUCAUAUACUCCACCAUCUUGGGGCGGAGCUUGUCAUGACACUGUAACUCCCUUAACCACACUCUCUUCUGUAACAUCCGUGUAUGAAUCCACCGUGCUUGUUGAUAUAAAAUGUUAUAUUGGACAAGCUCAACUAUAUCAAUGGAAGCUAAACGAUCUCCGUGAUUGGACAAUAAACAACAAAAUCAACUAUCAGACCACGCCCUCAAACAGAACUGUCAUCUACAAUAUUACGGUAACAUGUGCAAACGGAGCCAAUAUUUCUCUGCCUUGGCCAAUGAGAGUUCUUGGACUGGUGGAGCUCCAUGUCUUUUAUUGUUACGUUCUUGAUAGAUAUGCAAAUAUGUACGACGCGAUUGAUGCGACGAUGCCCAAUGAGAUGACAGUUUUAGAAAUCCGUCACUCAAUCUGGGUUAGAAAUUUGACCAAUACGGUGGUCAGAGAUUCUGAUGAAGGAGUUAACUUAACUAGUCACUUUGAUUGCGGUCAAGAUUCAACACUGCAAUCGAUGAUCACGAGUAACAAUUCAGUUAUCAUUAGAAAUCUUGAUAAGAAUAUUGACGUGACCAACUUGACUGGAGCAGAACUUGGUGGUUUUACUAACCUCAACAUGAAACUUCCGGAAAACUUCGCCGGUGCGACCUCAAACCGGCUGGUUAAACCUGAGGACAGGUUGAUUAAAGACAUCACGAAGGUAGUCGGAGAACAAACAAAUAAUGCUACUGAAUCUGAUAGUACACAAUCAUCAAAAGGAGAAUCAAAUUCAGAAGCCAGCAUAAAAGAAGCGCAGCUUGAGAACAUCAAAUUCCUCAUCAAAAUGAUGAACACUCGAACAAAGUGUAGCUUCAAAAAACUGAAAUUGAUUGACGAAAGCAUAUCACCUUUGACCUCCGUGCAUCAUUUUGUGGUAAUGGUUCAGGGGUCUGAAUACCCCGUCCUUGAAAACAUGAACUAUUCCUACCUCGGGUUGAAGGACAUGCCCAAACAGUUGGCAGAAUGGCGGAUAUAUUUCCCGAAGCUGAGGAAUCUUGACCUUUCCCAUAACUACAUUUCCGAGGUCAAGAUCCCCCACUAUCCCUCCAUCUCCAACGACUUCGUGGUCAAAUUCAACUUACGGCAUAACAACAUUACAAUGAUUAACAUGGACUUGUUGAAUUCAUGGGCGGAUGUGGAGAACUUUUUUCUGGAUAUUCGCGACAACCCUAUACACUGUGGGUGUGAGAUGGCGAGUCUGUUACCUUUCUUAGAAAACAAUUCCACCUUUAGGGACAAACUUGCUCCAUACGAGUACGUGCGGCACCUCUACUGCGCCACCCCUGAAGCUCUGGCUGGACAUCAACUCCAUACAUUGACGGCAGAUUCCCUGAGUUGUCCAGUGCUGACCUCUAACAAAAAUGUCGUUAUCGUACUGGCUAUUGUUAUGGCGAUUCUUAUUACUCUCAUUAUUGUUAUCAUCAGAUUCAAAAUUGAAAUUCGAAUCCUGUUAUAUACUCGUCUUCAUGUGCGACUCCCAUGUGAUAUCGAUUCUCAAGAAAGUAGCAAGCAAUUCGACGCUUUUAUUUCCUAUAGCAACGACGAUUCUGAUUGGGUCUGCGAGAAUCUUAUCAAAUUUCUAGAAAAACCCCCAAACGAUACUUCAACUAGUGGAGUCGAUCUAAAGAAAAGCAAACACACUGGAAACAGUCAGCAGAGCUUCAAGCUGUGUGUCCACCAGAGGGAUUUCAUUCUUGGCAAGUCGAUCUUCGACAACAUCGUAGACUGUAUCGAGGCUAGCCGGCACACGAUCAUCGUGUUGUCCCCCAGUUUUAUGAGGAGUCACUGGGCCAUGGAGGAGCUACGGCAGGCCUACCGACAGAGUCUGGUGGAGAAGACACGGCAUCUCAUUGUUAUUCUGCUGGAGAAGGUGCCCAAAGAGGAGAUGGAUCCUUUGAUCAGCCGCUGCUGUAAGACUUUCACCUACCUGGAAGUGGACGACACCUUGUUUAGGGACAGGCUGGUGUUUUCCCUUACUACCAAAGACAGGAGUGCCAGAAGGAGAGAUAGGUUGGCUGCCAGGGGAGACAAAAUCGCAGAUACUUCCGUCCAGAAAUCGGAGAUAACCCUUGACGAUGUUGUCAGCGACUGUGGUGUGUAUGAUAACUCAGGUUACUUCCCUUUACCUGCACGGCCUCCAGAACCUGCCAGGGAGUUAUCUAACAUGUCUACAUCAUCGACUUCAGCCCUUCAUCCCUGCUGA